AUGUAAAGUGUGGAUCAAUUGUGUACUAAAGUCUAUGAAUGCAUUACAUUAACCUCGAGUUGUCCUUCGCGUGAAUGCCGACCGAUAUAUCUCUUGAGUUUUUUCUCAUUUAUUUAUUUCAGUUAUAAUCAAAACUUAUUGAAUUGUGAUAAUCACUUGUUUUGUCCAUUAAAUGAGUGGCCGGUUAUGUGAAUCCCUUUCCUCUCCUUUGUCCUCAAUGUUGCAGUUAUUGUUACGACAAACACACUGUCAGUUUGAGACCCACUCGAGUGUCCACAGGGCUAACAGUGACAAACUUCGGGAAAUAUUUAGCAAAUAUGCGUCCGUCGAGAAAGAUGGCGACCAAUACAUGUCUUCCGAAGAUUUCAUCCGAAGCUAUUUGGGACUCUAUCCCGAAGACAACUACAAUCCAAAGACAGUUAAGAUGUUGGGUGGAAUUCUUGACACUUCCAAAGAUGGACUUGUAUCGUUUAUGGAGUUCCAGGCCUUCGAAGCUGUUUUAUGUCAACCCGACGCUAUUUACAGAACUGCUUUUCAAUUGUUUGACACUAACGGUUCCGGAUCUAUAACUCACGAUGAAUUUGAAGAAAUUAUUAAGCAAACGACUUUACACCAGAAAAUCCCUUUUAAUUUUAAGUCUGAUUUUAUGCGAUUACAUUUCGGUGAUGACCGCAAACGGACCGUUACGUACUCUGAAUUUUCUCAAGUAUUGCAUGACUUUCACGAAGAACACGCAAUUCAAGCUUUUAAAUCGUUUGACAAAAACAAAAAGGGUGUCAUUUCAGCCAUGGAUUUCUCAUAUAUUAUGUUGAACUGUAAAAUUCAUUUACUAGCAGAUGAUGUUAAGCCAAAUCUGGUUGCUGUUGCUGGUGGUGGCACUGGUGGCCAUUUGGUAACGUAUCCAUAUUUUAUGGCAUUUAAUUCAUUGCUCAAUAAUAUGGAACUGGUCAAAAGGAUUUAUUUGUCGUUUACAAAAGGCAACCAUCAGUUAGAAAUGACUAAAGAGGAGUUCCUGUACGCCGCUCAACAAAUGUCACAAUUGACUCCAUUAGAAAUUGAAAUCCUCUUUCAUUUGGCGGGAUUUCUUCAUCAAAGGACAGGAAGAGUUAGUUUUAUAGAUUUAGAACGUAUAGCUCCGUAUAGACCGACGAGAUAUCUCUCUAAACCCAUUGCAGAAGUCAAAGCUGUUGAAAGUGCAGCCGAUAGAGGAGUUGGGACUCAAAUUCUUGAAAGUGUUUAUAGAUUUAUUUUGGGCUCUAUUGCUGGUGCUGCCGGUGCUACUGUUGUUUAUCCCAUUGAUUUGGUGAAAACCAGAAUGCAAAAUCAAAGAACUGGUUCUUAUAUCGGAGAAUUGAUGUACAAGAAUAGCAUUGAUUGCGCUAAAAAAGUUAUUCGACACGAAGGAGUGUUUGGUCUCUAUAGAGGUUUAUUACCACAAUUGGUCGGCGUUUGUCCUGAAAAAGCUAUCAAACUUACGAUGAAUGACUUCGUUAGAGACAAAUUAACGACAGAAAAGGGAGAAAUUACUCAAAUUUCUGAAUUUAUUGCCGGCGGAUGUGCCGGUGCUUCUCAAGUCAUGUUUACGAAUCCAUUAGAAAUUGUUAAGAUUCGACUUCAAGUUGCGGGUGAAAUAACUAGUGGUCCAAAAAUAAGUGCUUUGGGUGUUAUUAAAGAAUUAGGUAUUCGAGGACUUUAUAAGGGCUCAAAAGCGUGUUUUCUUCGCGAUAUACCGUUCUCUGCCAUUUACUUUCCGGCUUACGCUCACUGCAAACUUAACUUCGCUGAUGUUAAUGGACAUAACAGCGCGCCUUCACUCUUAUUGUCGGCAGUAAUUGCCGGUGUACCGGCGGCAUAUCUGGUCACUCCGGCUGAUGUCAUCAAAACACGAUUACAAGUUGCCGCACGUGCCGGACAAACAACAUAUACCGGUGUUAUUGACGCGUGCAAAAAGAUUUACAAAGAGGAGGGAUUUGCCGCCUUAUGGAAGGGAGGGCCGGCCCGUGUGUUUAGAAGUGCUCCUCAAUUUGGUUUCACUUUACUUACUUACGAAGUACUUCAACGAAUGUUUUUUAUUGAUUUUGGCGGCCGUCGACCUACCGGUUCUGACGCCAAAAUUCCGUUACAAUCCGGAGAAAUUAAAUCACAAAAUCCUGACCACAUCGGUGGUUAUCGUUUAGGAUUAGCCACCUUUACGGGUAUGGAGUCUAAAUUUGGACUAUUUUUACCUAAAUUUAGAUCAAAUGUUUCAUAAAUUGAG